AUGGCGGCUUGCCCACAUGCCUUUCUGAGGGCCAGACGGUACCCCAGGUGGCACAAGGCCAUUCGGGUGUGUAGACCGCAAGGUCGAGAAUUUGUCACAGUUUUGGCUGAUCAGAAUGUUAAAACUGGAGAAACAAUUACUCUUUGCUGUGAGGUGAACACAGACGAUGUAGAAGUAACAUGGAAGAAGGAUGACCAGACAUUGCGCUGUGUGGAGGGCAAGCACACUGUAAGCAAAACAAACAAAAAAUGUACCUUGGAAAUUACAAAUGCUCAGCCGAGUGACGAAGGGAAGUACACCAUAAACAUUGAAAACAAAACAGGUUCUGACUCGUGCUCAGCCAUUGUGAGAGUUGAGAUUAAGCCAUGGAGAGAUGUCACCUGGGAUCAAAAUAAAAUGUUUGCAAAACUGGAGGAAUUUAAAAUUUGUGAGAAAGUGCCAGAGCUUCGUUUCCUCAUGGUUGGACCAGUUGGAGCAGGAAAGUCCAGCUCCAUAAACACCAUCAAAUCUGUUUUUGAGAAGCGUCAGUUUAUUAAUUGCCUGGGUGCUACAUCUUCUGAAACAAGUCUUACUCUCUCCUUUCAGAGAUUUGGGAUUCCAAAUAAAGACAGAUUUUUUCCUUUUGCUUUCAACAAAGUAAUGGGUUUGCAACAAUCAGGAGGGGGGCGCACUGUUGACAUCAUCAAUGCUAUGAAAGGUCACAUAAAAGAGGGUUACCAGUUUAAUCCUACAUUCCCCCUGUCUGACGACAGUAAAUACUACAACAGAAAUCCCAGCUUGAGUGAUCAGAUCCACUGUCUGAUUUAUGUUAUACCAGCAGAAAAAAUUAUGAUGAUGCCGACUGAAGUAACAACAAAAACAAAGGCUAUCAGAGAGGAAGCAAGCAAAAUGGGACUUCCACAAGUGGUUUUCUUGACCAAAAUUGAUUGCAUAUGCCCACUUACCAAAGAAGAUCUGCAGAAAGUCUACAUGAGCAAGAAGAUCCGGGAUAGAAUACAUGAAUGCAGUAAUAUAGUGGGUGUCCCUGCAAACAACAUCUUCCCUCUGAUCAACUAUAGUAAGGAGACUCACAUAAAUGAGAAGAUAAACUGUCUGAUGAUGGAUGCGCUAAUACAAAUUAUAAACUGGGCAAAUGACUACGUAAAGGCAAAAACUGAAACACGUGCCUGAAUGAUUAAAAUUCAAACAUAAGGGUUAAAAAUCAGAAAUCAGAUCCAAAGUCAAAGUUGCUUUAUUGUCAAAACUGCAAUAUGUACAGGACAUACAGAGGAUUGAAAUUAGAUGUACAUAACAUUAAAAAUCGUACCCCUUAUAUUUCAAUGUAUUUAAUUUCAUUGUAUUUAAUUGUAAAAGUUACAUAAACAUACAUUUCUUCUGACUGCUUUAAUGAUGACAAGGUCAUGCAGAUGUGAAGCACUGGUGGAAAAAAGAGGGAAGAAGGUGGGUUGAUGACUGGGUCCUAAAAACUAUGUGCCCUUCUGGUAAAAGAUUCUCAUUAGCCUCAUGAGUUUUAGACUAUCAACUGAAAGGCUGUUGGUUUGAAUCCUGACCCCAAACAUGCUGGGAUAUGCUGGGAUAAAAAUGCAUUUCUUUGUACUGUACACGUCUAUAUGUAUAUAUGACAAAGGUCUUUCAUCUGACCUAGAUAAAUUAUUUUGUUGGUG